CGAGGGGCCGUUGCGUUGCGGGCAAGGGCUGGAGCAGCGAAGAGGCCAGUAAGCGGCGGUGCCGGCGGCUUCCGCGUUUGCCGCGGCAGGGGGAGGGGGCGAGGAGCGGCGGCGGCGGCGGCGGCGGCUGCGGGAGGGCGCUCGGUGGAUGGGUGGUUGACGGACGGCACCGGCAUCUGUGAGGCGCCGGGGGUUAGCCGGGCCGGAGUGAUGAGCCUGUAAGGGCGGAGGAGCGCGGGUGGGGGUGAAGCCCGGCCGGAGCAGAGCGAUGUCUCAGCCUCAGCAGCAGCCGCCGCCGCCGCCGCCACCGCCGUCUCCUCAGCAGCAGCCGCAGCCGCCACCUCCGGCCGCCUCCAAGAAGCGGGACCGGCGCAUCUUCUCGGGUACCUGCCCCGACCCCAAAUGCCAGGCGCGGCUCUUCUUCCCGGCCCACGGGCCGCAGGGCAGCGGCAGCAUCGAGUGCACGGACUGCGGGCAGCGCCACGAGCAGCGGCAGCUCCUGGCCGUGGAGGAGGUGACGGACCCCGACCUGGUGCUGCACAACCUGCUGCGAAAUGCGCUGCUGGGCGUCAGCGGGGCCGGCCCGCCCCGCAGGAACACCGAGCUCGUCAAAGUCAUGGGCCUCUCCAACUACCACUGCAAGCUCCUGGCCCCCAUCCUGGCCCGCUACGGCAUGGAUAAGCAAACGGGCAAAGCCAAGCUCCUCACGGAGAUGAACCAGGGAGACAUCUUCGACUGCUCCCUCUUGGGUGACCGUGCCUUCCUCAUUGAGCCGGAGCACGUUGAAACCAUCGGUUAUGGAAAGGACCGCUCUGGUAGCCUCAUCUACCUGCAUGAUACCCUGGAAGACAUCAAGAAGGCCAACAACAGUCAGGAGUGCCUCAUUCCUGUCCAUGUGGAUGGAGAUGGCCACUGCCUCGUCCACGCGGUCUCGCGGGCGCUCGUUGGCAGGGAACUGUUCUGGCAUGCUCUGCGAGAGAAUCUAAAGAAGCAUUUUGAGGAGAAUCUGAGUCACUACAAGGCACUUUUCCACGACUUUAUUGAUGCAGCAGAGUGGGAGGACAUUAUCAAUGAAUGUGACCCUCUGUUUGUUCCUCCAGAAGGUGUGCCAAUGGGCCUUAGGAACAUUCACAUCUUUGGUCUGGCCAACGUGCUUCACCGGCCUAUCAUCCUGUUAGACUCCUUGAGUGGAAUGAGAAGCUCCGGAGAUUACUCAGCAACGUUCCUCCCUGGUCUGGUACCUCUAGAAAAAUGCAUGGGAAAAGAUGGCAUGUUGAACAAGCCGAUCUGCAUUGCAUGGAGUAGCUCAGGACGUAACCAUUAUAUUCCUCUAGUUGGAAUAAAAGGUGCUGCUUUACCUAAACUGCCUAGGAAGCUACUUCCUAAAGCCUGGGGAGUUCCUCAAGACCUCAUCAAAAAGUACAUCAAGUUAGAGGAGGAUGGUGGUUGUGUUAUUGGUGGAGACAGAAGUUUGCAAGAUAAGUACUUGAUGAGGCUCGUUGCUGCAAUGGAGGAGGUUUUCAUGAGUAAACACGGUAUCCAUCCCAGUCUUGUAGCUGAUGUACAUCAGUAUUUCUACAGAAGGACUGGUGUAAUAGGAGUCCAGCCUGAAGAAGUAACUGCAGCUGCCAAAAAAGCAGUGAUGGACAACCGCCUUCACAGGUGCCUCAUCUGUGGGGCCCUUUCAGAGCAUCAUGUUCCUCCGGAGUGGCUGGCUCCUGGGGGGAAACUCUAUAACCUGGCAAAAAGUACCCAUGGCCAGCUAAGGCCUGACAAAAACUACAGUUUUCCCCUGAACAGUUUGGUGUGUUCUUACAACCCUGCAAAGGAUGUGCUGGUACCAGACUAUAGCCUGAGUAGUUUGACUGCUUGUAACUGGUGUCAUGGUAACUUAGUGCGUCGUGUCAGAGAAGAUGGAUCCAUUUCAUAUUUGGAUGGAGACAGAACUAACACUCGGUCUACAGGUGGCAAAUGUGGCUGUGGAUUCAAGCACUACUGGGAAGGUAAAGAAUAUGAUAAUCUCCCUGAAGCUUUUCCUAUUACUCUAGAGUGGGGUGGAAGAGUGGUGAGAGAGACUGUCUACUGGUUCCAGUAUGAAAGUGACACAUCUCUGAACAGCAAUGUGUAUGAUGUUGCCAUGAAACUUGUUACCAAGCACUUUCCUGGUGAAUUUGGUAGUGAGAUCCUUGUUCAGAAAGUUGUCAACACAAUAUUGCAUCAAACGGCCAAAAAGAACCCUGAUGAUUAUACCCCUGUAAAUAUUGAUGGUGCUCACGCCCAAAGAGCUGAUGAUGUACAGCAAGGACAAGAGUUAGAGUCGCAACUUCCAACCAAAAUUAUUUUGACUGGACAGAAGACAAAAACUUUGCACAAGGAGGAGCUGAAUAUGAGCAAAGCUGAAAGAACUAUUCAGCAGAACAUUGCAGACCAGGCUUCUGUAAUGCAAAAACGGAAAAGUGAAAAAUUGAAACAAGAGCAUAAAGGGCAACCUAGGGCUGCUUCUCCUGGGGCCGUUCGUGAGGGGCCGUCAUCUGCACCUGCUACACCAACAAAAACACCAUAUUCUCCAACAUCUACAAAAGAAAAGAAAAUUCGAAUAACCACAAAUGAUGGGAGGCAGUCAAUGCUUACACUUAAGUGCACUACCACCUUCUUGGAACUACAGGACAGCAUAGCGAGAGAAUUUAAUAUUCCUCCCUAUUUGCAGUGUAUUCGCUAUGGCUUUCCUCCUAAAGAGCUUCUGCCUCCCAAAGAAGGCAUGGAAAAUGAGCCUGUUCCUUUGCAGCAUGGUGACAGGAUUGCGAUAGAAAUCCUGAAAGGUAAGGAGGAAGGCAGGCAGUCUGCUUCAGCACACUCGGCCCAUGCCAUGAAGCAUGAAGAUGUUGCUGUGACUAGUAAAAUCUCAUCAAAGGAACUUCAAGAGCAAGUCGAUAAGGAGAUGUAUUCUCUCUGUCUUCUAGCAACGCUAAUGGGAGAAGACGUUUGGUCUUACGCAAAGGGCCUUCCCCAAUUGUUUCAGCAGGGUGGAGUAUUCUAUAGCAUAAUGAAGAAAACCACAGGUUUGGCUGAUGGCAAGCACUGUACUUUUCCACAUCUGCCUGGUAAAAACUUUGUGUACAACGCAGCAGAAGACAGAUUAGAGCUGUGUGUGGAUGCUGCUGGACACUUUCCCAUCGGUCCUGAUGUAGAAGAGCUGGUUAAAGAGGCCUUAAGUCAAGUGCGAGCAGAAGCUACUUCAAGAAGCAGGGAAGCAAGUCCUUCACACGGAAUGUUGAAGCUGGGUAGUGGUGGAGUAGUGAAAAAGAAAUCUGAACAACUACAUAACAUAACUGCAUUUCAGGGAAAGGGCCAUUCCCUAGGAACUGCAUCUAGUAGUCAACAACAUGAUCAAAGAGCCAGGGAAACACCACUUUUAAGAAAGCAUGGCACAGAAACGGACUUCAGUCCUUCUGCUAAAAUUGAGCCUUCGGUAUUCACAGCUGCUUCUGGUAAUAGUGAGCUUAUCCGAAUUGCACCGGGAGUUGUGACAAUGAGAGACAGCAGACAGCUUGACCCCACUUUGAUUGAGGCACAGAGAAAAAAGUUGCAGGAAAUGGUCUCCUCUAUUCAGGCUUCAAUGGAUAGACAUUUGCGGGAUCAGAAUACAGAGCAGUCAGCAUCAGUUGAUCUAUCUCAAAGAAAAGUAGAGGCAGUGAGUUCAACUGCUAAAACUGGGAGCUUUCAGGCCGGCUUACCCGAGUCGUUUUCUGCACCAGGUGGUACCGAACACUUGAAUACUGAAUCAGCUGAUGGUAACGUGGUGAAUUCUGCGGGAACAACAUUCCCUGCAAGGUCUAAAGCACAAAAGGGAAAUUCUGUUGAGGAGCUUGAGGAGAUGGAUAGUCAAGAUGCAGGAAUCACUAAUGCAACUGAGCCAAUGGAUCACUCUUGAUAGGUUAAAAUCUAAUAAGGGUAGAAGAAAUUACUGUUCAAAUGUAAUGUUUAUUGGCUGGGCCACACAAAGUGAUUAGUUAUUAAAUCUUGUAUGUAUGUCAAAGAUUAUAUCAUCUUAUUCAGUGCAUGAUAAGCAAGUGUGUGAUUGGCAAUAGCUUUCAAUAUUACCAUACUGCUGCCCAGGCUGGCUCUGUUACCUGUAAAUUAGUUAUUAGGAAAUGCACUGAGAUGAAUAUCUGCUGUAAAUGUGGGUUCUUGAAAAUUCUUUGUCAUUUUUAAUUCCUUAAAAAGUCUUAGAAUUUAGAGCCCAUGCAAGGUUCUUACCAUGCUAGUUUAAGGUUACUGGAAAGGCUAGAACAGGCAAAACUAGAAACGUGACAAAGUUAGUCCUGUCCCAGGUACUUAAUUCCACUCAGAAAUACACUAUAAAUGUGAAUUACACAUAAAUUUCAAAAAGCAACUGAAACUAAACUUCUGCUAAAUCUGAUAAUGCAGCAUAUACAGUACUUCAAUUACAUUGUGCUGGCACUUCCUCCGAUUUAAAAACUUUUUCAUUCAUACAGCUGUAUACGCUUGUCAAAUCUUGAAAUAAGUGUAACUUUAGUAAACUCUAAUUUCUGCAUAUUGUCAGUUUAAGCGAGUUAGGAAAAAGGCUACUUAGUGUAUGAUGAAGAUAAAGUGAAUGUGGUGUGGUUAUGCAUGGCUGUCUGAGCCAACACAACCAUUUUGAUGCUCUGUUAGUAAGUGAUAGCAUGUUUUUAUUUCCUCCCAAAUACUGAGCUUGUCAGAUGUUGUACAACAUUUAGUACAACUACAGGAGAGAAGGAGUUGGCAAUUGCAAGAAACAACAAAUGUUCAAUGGCAAAUCCAUUUCUUUUAAAAUAGUUCGAUUACUAGCAUUGGUUAGUAAUGGCAAAAAUUAAGUAACAGCUGUGCUCUUCAAAGCAAAUUAACAAUUUAUUGGAAGGAAAUGACUCUAACAUACAUUAUUCUAAAGUGUUCAGUGAUAAUUGAGCUUUUGGAAAGUUUUAGUGUCUAUAAAGACUGCCCACCUCUAUUAGCCUCAGUUCAGUUUGUGAUGCAGGUUUCCCUGCAUCAGUGAUAACAUAGCUGAUAUCCACGUAAGUAGCAUGUUCAUCAGGGCUGCAGUGCUAGUUCUUAAGAAGCAGCCAUUGUGCUUGCUCCCUAAGGAUGGAAUGUGUAUCUGAUACUGCACUUUGCUUCCUAUCUUCAGAGUCAUAUUUAAGUGCACUAUUAUUGCUUCCUCUCAUGGUAAAAUAACAUUGAAUGGAUGAAAGGAAUUAAGAGCAUUUAAAUAUUGAAAUCUGUGUUUGUGCACAUGUGGGUUUUUACCAGUUCACAAAUGUUGUUUGUAUUGUAUAUGUUUGUAUUCAGAAAAGUCUCCUCACUUUUUACAUUUCUAAUCACUUAAACAGUUCUAAGCAUUAGUAUGAUAAAAAGUCCCAGGAGGGAGGAUUUAUUUUUGUAUGUAAAAAUUAACUGAAGCAAGUCACUUAAAGAAUAGCCCGUUUUGCCCAAGUAAAUUAAAAUGCCUCUGUUGGUUAACUUUUUAUGUAGAGGGAAUAAAUAUUACAUGAUUUAGUAUACUACUUUCAGGUAAAAAAUAAGAAUCACCUUUUCACAAAUACAUGAUCUCAAACCUGUAAGUCAGCAAUUUGGAAGCUUGGAAUGUAUGAAGUAAUUUGGCUCGCCAGAACUGACCUUGCUCAUGCACUGAUUAACUGGCAGGGCUCAUUCAAUGAGAAACAGGAUGCAUAUGCAGCAGCUGGAAGCCUGCCACGACUUCUGAAAACAUUUAGUCUCCCAUGAAUCAGCCUAGCUGUCUGAAGGCUACUUCUAUAUAGAAAAUGUUGAGUAGAGGCUUGUGCUUUGUCACUGUGUGAGCUUUAGCAGUGGUAUGUUCCUGGGAAGGAGUGUAAGUCAGGAGAGGCUGAGGGGGAGGAAUCUCCGGGAUCAUUUCCAUUUUAGACAAGAUAACUAUCACCUAGACAUUUUUAAUCUUUUCUUUAGAAAAAGAAGUCUUCCUCGACUGGAAAAAAAUACAGGCAGUGUAUAUGAGAGAAUUUAAAGUUUGAAAUAAAUCGACAUAUUUAUUGCACGUCACCCUUAAGGGAAGUUGCUUACUUUUUUCAUGCCUUUCUGGUAAGACUACAGAAGUUUGUGUGCCUUUUACUGUUUAAAGAGGAAGGCUUGGUUUAAUUUUGACACACUUCCCAUUUCAGCAGUAAUUUGACAUUUUCCUUCUUAUCUAAAUAGAAAUAGACAUAGAUAAUAGCUCUGUUUGACUCACCCUUAGUGUUACCUUGGGUCCACUCAAGUCACGUAGAUCAGAACUCUCAAGUUCCUAAAACAAAAUGGUCUCAAAAAGGAAUGGUAAAAUGGUGUCAAAAUCACACGAUCUGCCGACGUGAUUUCCUCUGGUGUAAAGCAGGACUGUCAUAUUUCUUUGCAGUGUUCUUAUUUCAUGUAGCUUUCUCAUGCAUUUAAAUAUCAGUGUGUUUGAGAAAGACAGCUUUUGAUACUCUCAAGUGAAGCUAAACUUCAUCUACGUGCUGGUGAGAUGUGUAACUGUACAGGAGAAGUGAAAUAAAGAACACUGAAGUGUAAGUUUGAAUAGAUGUUUCAUUUGAUUGCUAGCAGUGGGUGGAAAUGUAAGUUGAGGCAAAUCUGUGUGCCUGUCUGAGGAGCACCCGUGUGCUUGUUAGAUUUCCCUGUUAGCAUCAGGAACAGUGGUGGGGUACAAGGGCAGGGAAGAUGCUGUGUCAUUGUGGAUAUGAAGCCCUGUCAAUAGGACUUCUCAAAUGGCGUGAAGAGUGUCCCUUUCUCAACAAACGCCCAACCUCUUGCUACUGAAUUGCCUCUGCACUUAGGCUGUGGUUCUAAAUUAUUUUUGAGUACCUGUCUUGAUUACUUUCUUGUCUAGGGGCUUUACCACCUUUUACGCAGUGACUCAUGGCAAACAAGACUUAAAUUAUUUGAAAAUCCUGAACUUAAGUGGCUUAGUAUGUAUAAUGUAAAUGAGAGAUGAUUACUGAAAAUACAGGCCCAUUCAAAAAAACAAACAAAAAAACCCCACCUACAUUGCCAAUGAGCAUAUGGGAAACCUCAGGAGAAAAGAUCAGAUUUCCAGGCAAAUGCAAGCUUUUUACUACUUCAGAUAGCUGGCUGCUUAGUAAGGUUGACUUUUUGAUACUGCUGUUUCUCUGUGAAUUGUUUGCAUUUCGGCAAAGGGAAAACAAAUAGCAGCUCUUCGAAUAAAAUCAUAUAUGUUUGGGAUGUCUUCGCUGGCAUGGUCACAAAACAGCAAUGUAUAUUGUUGGUUUUGUGCACCCCGUAUAGCUUACUAGUCUUCUGACAGAAAAUGUGUGCUAGACGUUUGCCUCCGACAGAAUGCUCUAGCGAUGUCCCAGAGGCACAGUGCCAUGGGGCCAUAUGCUAACAACCCUGCACAACAGGCACACUUUCAAGACCAAAAUGCUUAAUUUACAGUCUUUCAAAAAGUAGAAUCUAUUGUCACUGUCACAAGGUUAGCAGAGUUGCUAACUUUUUCAACGCACUGAAAAUGCCAGGUAAUAAAAUUCAUCGUAUGCUUACAAUUGGGAGAGCGAUGCUCGAUCUGAAAUGUAUGAAAAAUGAAUGAUUUAAGAAGAUGCCACUGUUACCUCUACAUUUUUUGGUUCCCAUUUUCAAAUAGCAGAAUCUACAUGCUUUUGUAAAAUAAUAAUAAUAAUAUGAAGUUGAUCCUUCUGUUAAAAAAACAAACCACAACAGUAAGUGGUUUCUUUGUUUUGCUUGUGGAUAUCAGUUUAGCUUCUUAAAACUGAAGAAGUUGCUUAAGAUCUCUAGAAUGCAGGAUUCCCUCUGAGCCCUUAUGCCUGCGGUUGAGCAAUAAAAGGUUGAAACAAGAGUGGUAUUUUCAGAAUUAAUUUAAGUUUAAUGAGGAUUAUUGCCAAGAAAUGAAAGAGUGCACUUUUAGGAGGGAAUGCUAUUUAAAAUGUAUAAAUAAGAAUUAAAAUAGUGUAUAUAUUUAGAGAACAAAUCUUUUUAAACAGUAAGUGCUUUACCUGUUGAAUUAAAAUGAAAUUAGCAUAGAAACUAUACCAUCUUCACAGUACUGGCUGUUAUCCAGCACAGUUUGGUUUGUUUUAUUUGUGAUUGCUGUACUAAUUAUAUUUGAUUUUUUUAUCUGUAAUGUAACAAUAGUGUAUUAUAACAGUAUAUAGUGUACUAUACUACACUUCACUGUACAGUAUUUGGAAUUUUCUUUGAUUGCUAUAUUAAAACUAUAAGUUAAAACAUC